GCUGGCUUUAGAGCCGCAGCCGCAAAGAUUCCAAGGAGCAGAAGUUGUCUGAGUGCGUCGGUCGGAGGCUGUCGGGCCAGACCGGAGACUCUGCGACUUUACAUCCUGAGAGCACUCUGAAGGAGUUUUUAACCCAGCCUAUCUUCUGUAACUUUGUCCAUCUUUACUGGCUUUUUAAUAUUAUAGAUCUUUAAAUGGAUGAGAUGGCUACCACUCAGAUUUCCAAAGAUGAGCUUGAUGAACUUAAAGAGGCCUUUGCAAAAGUUGAUCUCAACAGCAAUGGAUUCAUUUGUGACUAUGAACUUCAUGAGCUUUUCAAGGAAGCUAAUAUGCCACUACCAGGAUAUAAAGUGAGAGAAAUUAUUCAGAAACUCAUGUUGGAUGGUGAUAGGAAUAAAGAUGGAAAGAUAAGUUUUGAUGAAUUUGUUUAUAUUUUUCAAGAGGUGAAAAGCAGUGACAUUGCCAAAACCUUCCGCAAAGCAAUCAACAGGAAAGAAGGGAUUUGCGCUCUGGGAGGAACUUCAGAAUUAUCCAGCGAAGGAACACAGCAUUCUUACUCAGAGGAAGAGAAAUAUGCUUUUGUUAACUGGAUAAACAAAGCUUUGGAAAAUGAUCCUGACUGCAGACAUGUUAUACCAAUGAACCCAAAUACGGAUGACCUGUUCAAAGCUGUUGGUGAUGGGAUCGUGCUUUGUAAGAUGAUCAACCUUUCGGUUCCUGAUACAAUUGAUGAAAGAGCCAUCAACAAGAAGAAACUGACACCCUUCAUCAUUCAGGAAAACUUGAACUUGGCACUGAACUCGGCUUCUGCCAUUGGAUGUCACGUUGUGAACAUUGGUGCGGAGGAUUUGAGAGCUGGGAAACCUCAUCUGGUUUUGGGACUGCUUUGGCAGAUCAUUAAAAUCGGUUUGUUCGCUGACAUUGAGUUAAGCAGGAAUGAAGCCUUGGCUGCUUUACUCCGAGAUGGUGAGACUUUGGAGGAGCUCAUGAAGUUGUCUCCAGAAGAGCUUCUGCUUAGAUGGGCCAACUUUCACUUGGAAAACUCAGGCUGGCAAAAAAUCAACAACUUCAGUGCUGACAUUAAGGAUUCCAAAGCAUAUUUCCAUCUUCUCAAUCAAAUUGCACCAAAAGGACAAAAGGAAGGUGAACCACGGAUAGAUAUUAACAUGUCAGGUUUCAAUGAAACAGAUGAUUUGAAGAGAGCUGAGAGUAUGCUUCAACAAGCAGACAAAUUAGGCUGCAGACAGUUUGUCACCCCUGCUGAUGUUGUCAGUGGAAAUCCCAAACUGAACUUAGCCUUUGUUGCUAACCUGUUUAAUAAAUACCCAGCACUAACUAAGCCAGAGAACCAGGAUAUUGACUGGACACUAUUAGAAGGAGAAACUCGUGAAGAAAGAACCUUCCGUAACUGGAUGAACUCUCUUGGCGUUAAUCCCCACGUAAACCAUCUCUAUGCUGACCUGCAAGACGCCCUGGUCAUCUUACAGUUAUAUGAACGAAUUAAAGUUCCUGUUGACUGGAGUAAGGUUAAUAAACCUCCAUACCCGAAACUUGGAGCCAACAUGAAAAAGCUAGAAAACUGCAACUAUGCUGUUGAAUUAGGAAAGCAUCCUGCUAAAUUCUCCCUUGUUGGCAUUGGAGGGCAAGACCUGAAUGAUGGGAACCAAACCCUGACUUUAGCUUUAGUCUGGCAGCUGAUGAGAAGAUAUACCCUCAAUGUCCUGGAAGAUCUUGGAGAGGGUCAGAAAGCUAACGAUGACAUCAUUGUGAACUGGGUGAACAGAACGUUGAGUGAAGCUGGGAAAUCAACUUCCAUUCAGAGCUUUAAGGACAAGACGAUCAGCUCCAGUUUGGCAGUUGUGGAUUUAAUUGAUGCCAUCCAGCCUGGCUGCAUAAACUAUGACCUUGUUAAGAGUGGAAAUCUAACAGAAGAUGACAAGCACAAUAAUGCCAAGUAUGCGGUGUCCAUGGCCAGAAGGAUUGGAGCCAGAGUGUAUGCUCUCCCCGAAGAUCUUGUGGAAGUAAAGCCCAAGAUGGUCAUGACAGUGUUCGCGUGUUUGAUGGGCAGGGGGAUGAAGAGAGUGUAAAAUAACCGAUCUAAGUGAAAACGCCCUGUUCCCGGGUGCGUGACUAGCAAGUCAGCUAUGGCUUAAGGGACUCUUGGUCAUUUAAAGGACUUUCAGUUUUGAUUAACAAGACUAGCUCAUCAUGAAAGCCCUUGGAGGAAAAAUUUUUAACAACAACAGCUCCCCUUCCGCAUAGUCAAAAGUUGGAUGUCUCGGGCACGCCUGAAAUGUGCUCCUAGCCAAACCGUUCUACUCUCUCCUCCUAGGAUGCUGCCCGUGCCAUUUCCCUUUGCUAUUUGUUAUUUUUCUCUGUAUUUUUUUUUUUCGUCUUAGAAUGUCCUUCUCUUGGGAUUGGCUUAGAUGUUUGAAUACGAAUUAUUAUUAGACAGUAAUUUUACUUUCCAUCCAGUAUGUUAGUUCUUAUUCGAGGACUAUGAUCAGAAGGUGUUUGGAUAUGAGUAUCCUUUGCUUAUCUUUGUAGUACUGAGAAUUUGCCAAAGUAACUGGCUGUGCAGAAUGUAAUAGAAGCUUUUCUUAUUCUUUUAUUUUUGAAAUCAGUAUCUUUUUACAGUAUUCUUUCUACAUGAUCCUUUUUUGUACAUUUAAGAAUAUUUUGAUUACAUUAAGCAAGACUGCUGAUUUUGCUACUUUUUUUAAGGGGUCUUCAAGUAAGUAAACCACAUACAUUAUAGAGGAAAAAAAUGUACCUUAAAUUUGCAUCUUCCCUCUCACCCAAGCUGUAAACAAUUGAAAUAUUUUGUCUUAAAUUGCUUGGUUCAAUCCAUCCUUAUUUGUUUUAAAACCGAUACCAUCAAACUCUCUCUUUACAUUUAAAAUGCUGUUGAAUAUGACACUUUUGAGGAGAGAGUAUGCUCAGAACUUAGACAGGAUUCGGUAGGCCAAGUAUGCUAAGUGUACAAUAUAUUUUUAAAUUUUACAUCUAAAACAAGGAGAUGUGGUCACUAAAAUUGAAAAUAUAUAGGUAGGACUUAAUGUACUCCUGCUUUGUCAAGCUGUUACUAUAGUUUUUGAGAUCAUUAUGUUACUCUAACUCUGAAAAGUGAUGUAAUCUGAUAGCAAUGUAGUAGUUCAAAUAAAGGCAUUUACAUAAUAAUCUCUUCUUGCUUCCUGGCAUGUCAA